UGGCCUCUUAUAUCUGCCCUAGCCCAUGGUCGCCGUCUUCUCCGUCCCUUAUAUCUGACACCGCAUCCCCUCCAACAUGCGCCUUUCGACCAGCCUCUGUCCGGCACUGCUGGCCACGCUGGCCGUCGCCGCUCCAGCCAGCAGACCCAGCAACAGCAUCCUCCUCUCCAACGUGAAAACCCUCACGCUGCGGCAUGGCCUAAAAACCAGCGCGCGCCGCGUCUCGCCCAUCCCCCAACUCACCUGCAUAGGCGGCGACGCCUCCGGCCUCUACACCGUCGACGUAAUGCGCUGCAAAAACGCCGGCGCCGACUACGACCCCGAAGACAUCCAGUGGACCUGCACCGCCUCGCUGCCACCAGAGUUCAAGCUCGGCUCCACCGACGUCAUUUGCGAAGGCUACGACGGCCCGGACGACCCCUACAUCCUCAAAGGCAGCUGCGGCGUCGAGUACCGCCUCAGCCUCACAGAAAAGGGCAUCGAGAAGUACGGGCACCGGCGGGGCCACCACAAUGGCAGUGAAGGCGACGACCCCGUCAGCCCCGCCGUCGCCGCCGUCUUCUGGCUCCUCUUCGUCGCCGUCCUGCUCUACAUGCUCUUCAAAGCAUGCAUCGUCGGCGGCGGGCGCGCCCGCGACCCCACGACGUGGACCGGGCCGCGAGGCGGAGGGCCCGGCGGCGGCGGCGGCGGCGGCGGCGGAGGCGGGCCCUACACCGACUCCCCCGACGACCCGCCCCCGCCCUACAUGCCCACGGACGACGACGACAAUAACGCUGCCAAGCCCCCCGGCUACGGCACCGAUGCCGGCGGCCGCUGGAAGCCCGGCUUCUGGUCGGGUGCGGGCGCCGGCGGCGCAGCGGGGUAUGCGGCGGGGCGGGCGCACGGCGCGUGGAAUAACCGCAACAACAACAACGGCUCCUCGUUUGCGGGCCCGAGUAAUAGCCGCGGCGGCUCGUGGGGGAGUAGCUCGUCGGGCGGGAGUGGCGGGUUUGGGGGCGGGGGUGGCAGCAGUCCGGCGCCUAGUUCUUCGCGGUAUGAAGGCACGGGGUUUGGGGGCACGAAGAGGCGGUAGUGCUGGGGUGGGCGUGGGGCGUGGGGUGUGGUAGGCGGGGCGAAGUGGCGGGGAAGUGAUACCCUGGGCGGAAUCUGAUGAUGCUGGAUUGGAUUGUGUUGAGUUGGGUUGGCGUGUUGGGGUUUGGGGUUUGCACAGGCUAUGCAUUCCGCUCUCAAAACUAUACUUUUCGUCGCGGAUUCUUAUAACCAAUUCCAUACCUGCUUGGCUAAAAGCCGUACGUAUGUAUGUACCUAUGUACCUACGCAAACACGCAAAGAGCUGCUGCGCUGCGCGCCGGUGCGCUGUACCUAUCUCUAUCUCUCUGCCGUGCUACCACCACGACGCCCCCCUCCGCACAAAUAGAUAGCAGCGCAGCGCACGCAAACCCACCGCUGAACGACCCAAAGCAAAGUAAAGAAACCAAAAAACCAGAAACCCUACCCACCCAUCUCCACG